AUGCUUGAGUAUGAGUGCAAGUACAUUAUGAUUGAGCGCCUUUGCUUGGCAUUGGUUUGGGCCACUAGGAGACUUAGACAUUACAUGAUAGAGUAUUCCGUGCUCUUGGUCUCGCGAUUGGACCCGUUGAGGUAUCUAUUUGACAGGCCUGUUCUGACUAGUAGGCUCAUGAGAUGGCUGGUAUUGUUGACAGAGUUUGAUAUUCAUUAUGUCACACAGAAGUCAGUAAAAGGAAGCAUUGUUACAGAUCAUCUAGCUUCUUUACCGAUAUCCGAUGACAAAUCGGUUGAUGAUGAUUUCCCUGAUGAGAAGAUCGUUUUAAUGACUAGUAUUACGGGAUGGCAGUUGUACUUUGAUGGCGCCGCCAAUCAGUCGAGGUUUGGCAUUGGUAUCUUGUUAAUAUCACCACAAGGUGCUCAUAUCCCCAGAUCAGUCCGGUUAGUAUUUUCCGAUCAUCACCGGUUGACGAAUAAUAUUGUGGAGUAUGAGGCUUGCAUUACAGGUUUGGAGAUUGCACUUGAUCUUGGCAUUAGACAGUUGGAGAUCCACGGGGAUUCCAAUUUGGUUAUACAGCAAACUCAAGGUAUCUGGAGGACUCGGGAUGAGAAGCUAAAACCCUACCAUGCUUACUUGGACCUGUUGAUGGAUGGAUUUGAUGUGUUAAGGUAUAUACAUCUGCCCAGGGUGGAGAAUCAAUUUGCCGAUGCAUUAGCCGCUUUGGCUUUUAUGAUUGUGAUCCCCACGGGGGUGAUUGUUAGGCCAUUGCUAAUUGAAACUAGGUCUGCACCAGCUUACUAUUGUCUGAUUGGAGAGAUAGAGGAUCAGAUUGAGUUGCCAUGGAGAUCACCUGAUGGUCUGUUAUUAUUAUGUCUAGACCGUACAUCUACAGAUCGAGUGAUGAGAGAGGUUCAUGUAGGGGUCUGUGGCCCACACAUGGGAGGUCAUAUGCUAGCGCGUAAGAUCAUGAGGGCUGGCUACUUUUGGUUGACCAUGGAGACAGAUUGUUGCCAGUUUGUACAAAGAUGUCAGGAGUGUCAGAUGCAUGGAGACUUGAUACACGUACCACCUUCUGAGUUGCAUGCACUCACAUCCCCUUGGCCAUUUUCAGUAUGGGGUGUUGAUAUUAUUGGGAAGAUCUCGCCCAAGUCCUCCAAUGGUCAUGAGUACAUCUUAGUAGCCAUUGACUAUUUCACCAAGUGGGUGGAAGCUGCUUCCUAUGCUAGAUUGACAGCGGCCAGGGUGGCCAAAUUCAUCAGAUCGCACAUUAUCUGUUGA